CCGUAGCAAUACCGCACCGCCGCUACCGCCGCAAACGCGUGCGGUGUGAUGCUCACAAGCACUGCAGCCCCAUCGCCGCCUCAACCGAACCAUUUGAUGUCCACGGCAGCCCCAGCGUCAUCAACGGGCCUGGAGGAUCUGCUGCCGACGGUUCAAUCAAGCAGCAAAGCGCUGAGCGCCCCCAUGGGCAAACGAGAAAGGAUGGCCUGGUCGGGGCCAAGGUACACGUCCACGGUGCGGCCUGCGGGCACCGUGCAGUGCUUCACGAGAACCAUGUCGAUUUCUUGGGGGAAGGCGGGCAACUAGAGUGCUACGCUGGGAAAGAGAGAAUUGGCGGAGACUGGGUGAGCGUUAGCAAGGAGGGAGGCGGAGGGGGUGCUGCUAGCUGUGGGUGCGAUGAUUCUUCGAAGGAGGAAUGGAAUGGUUCCGGCAAGCCGAUGAACGCCCUCGUUCAUUGGGACGGCGCGCGACUUGACCAAACACGAGGUCGUUGUGAGAGCAACAACCACGGGCCGCAUUGCGGUCAUGAGGUCGUACACCACGAUGGUCA